AGUGGCGUGGUUCGAGGCGAUGACGUCAGGUGACGUGGCCGGUGUGGUGUUCUGACGCGCCUGCGCUCUGAGCAGGAGAGAGGGGCGCUGAAGGCAGGGGAGCUGUGGCGUGCGUGAAGACAGAAGGGAGAGCGACGCGGUAGCUUGUCACAAUGUCACUGCAGAGGUUCCAGGCUGAAUGGGAAGAAAUUGAGCAGGAAUUCCAGCAGUUGCAGGAAUCACACAAAGUGUACAGACAGAAACUGGAUGAACUCACAAACCUCCAGACCAUCUGUAGCAAUUCCAUUAGCAAACACAAGAAGAACCUGGGAGAGAUCAACUACAGUCUAAGGAGGUGUAAGAAAGAGGCCUGCACUGCUGAAGAAAGGGAGUUGAUCCAGAGUGUCCAGACCCAGAUGAAAGAAAGGCAAAAUGUUUUCUUUGAUAUGGAGGCCUAUUUGCCAAAGAAGAACGGAUUGUACUUAAAUCUAGUGCUCGGGAAUGUGAAUGUAACUCUACUCAGUAAUCAGGCAAAAUUUGCCUAUAAAGAUGAAUAUGAGAAGUUCAAACUGUACAUGACAAUAAUCCUAUUACUCGGAGCUAUCACCUGCCGGUUCUUUCUCAAUUACAGGGUGAUAGAUGAAAUCUUUAAUUUCAUGCUGGUUUGGUACUACUGCACCCUGACGAUAAGGGAAAGUAUUCUCAUCAGUAAUGGGUCAAGAAUAAAAGGGUGGUGGGUUUCGCAUCACUAUGUGUCUACCUUUCUAUCUGGGGUCAUGUUAACAUGGCCGAAUGGAUUCAUAUAUAAAAUGUUUAGAAACCAGUUCCUGGCGUUUUCUAUUUAUCAAAGUUUUGUACAGUUCUUGCAGUAUUACUACCAAAGUGGCUGUCUGUACAGGCUACGGGCUUUAGGGGAAAGAAACCACCUGGACCUCACAGUAGAGGGGUUUCAGUCCUGGAUGUGGAGAGGUCUCACCUUUCUUCUUCCUUUCCUUUUCUUUGGGCAUUUCUGGCAGCUUUAUAAUGCGAUACAGCUGUUUGGAUUGUCCAGACAUGAAGAAUGCAAAGAGUGGCAAGUGUUCAUGCUGGCUCUCGCCUUCCUCAUCCUGUUUUUGGGGAACUUCCUCACGACUCUCAAAGUGGUCCACCAGAAGUUUCAGAAAAACCGAGGCGACGUGCAGAAGAAGGAGGAGUGAGUCUUCGAGACUGAAGCUCGUGACACUGAACCAUGCAAAGAACUGAAAAGAAUGAGACCCACUGCUUUUUAUAAUACUGUAUCAAAUGAGAGAAAAAACAAACAGCUAAUCUUUGACGUGAGUGAGUAAGCUAUCAUCAGAGUUCAUCAGGAGGACAGUUCAGGUGUAAGUCGUCAUAUCAUUAUUAUCAUUAUGAUGUUUUUUUAAAUAGUCAUCGUAUCUCUUUUUCAGACCUUGUUUGUUUUUUAAUCAGAGACAGUGCGGUUUGCCUCACGGCGUGACACAUGAGCAGCUGAAACGUUUAAUCUCGUGAGUAUGCUAGACAGUGGCUCGUUGCUUCUCUAAGGAUUGGCUUCUACUUCAGGAAGACAAGGUUCCUGAUUCAUAAACAUUGCACCAUAGGAAAAAAAAAAACCAUGACAGAACAUGCUUGGCACAUUGUCAUUUGUACAAAACUAUACAGCUAUGCAGGACACACUGCUAUUGUGUGAUUUGAGUUUAGCUGCUCUGGAUACUGCACUAUGAUCACUUUACUCACACAUUUAUCAGCACGCUAUGUAUAUCUAUUAGCCAUAAGAGUCUACUUGUAAAACUGAAAAGUUCUGUAAUGUUUUUUUUUUUUUUUUUCUUCUGUGGCUUGGUAAUUGUCAGAAGCAGAUCUAAAACAAAAUCUAGUAUUGCAAUACUAUCUUGAGCAAGCCAGAAGCCUUCAAUGAUUUGCUCUGUUUUGAGUUCUGUGAAGUGGAAGCGUACAGUUGUGUCGGUGACAUUGCUGAAAGCCAUGUUAGCUGAUGCAUAUCUCAAACGGUUUGCAAUAUCACUUUAUAAUCCACACAGGAUUGGACAUCUGUCUUAAAUGUCAGAUUACAUUCAUUUAAGUGUUCUGUAUUGCAUUUGUUUUAUUUAAAUGUCUCUGAUUGUUCCGGUAAGUAAGCAAUUUGCCAUCUGUACCUGAUUUUGUUUUCAUUAUAAACUGUGGAGCAGCUUAACAAUCACGUAGUUCAAAAUGCUAGCAAGAGAAACUCUUUCUUUAAAGCUGCACUCUGAUCAUUUUGACACUGGCAUUGCACAAACUAUGCUUGCUCCAACCGUGCCUCGUCAUUUCUCUAAUGAAGAUAUUGGUCCAGUUUGUUUCUAAACGUAUUCAGUGUGUUGCCGAUGUCCCCAGUAAUUCCGGUGUUCCGGUGUUCCGGCAGUCUGUUUAUAAUGAGCAGCAGUUAAGGAGGAAAUUGGCUUUGGUUAUAAGCAUCGGUGUCGUUUCUCCCCAUGUUUUAAUAAACCAGUAAUACCCAACACACUGGGAGUUAGCAGCAAUACACCGGCUCUGAAGGCACUCUGCAAUCGCUGAUCACUUCCAAUAUUGAGCAGGGUUGGGAUCGAUUCCAGUUCCCUUUUAAUCAAUUCCAACACAUCAUUGUUCCAAAUUGAAAUUAGUAGUGUUCUGUUAAAAUGAGCUUCUCACACAAAUUACUUCAGUUGAAGCCGCUGUUGGUCAAUUAAACUGGCUUCAAAUGAAAGCUGCUGAACACUCGCAACAAUGAUCUCGAUAUCAAUUGCAAUUCCUUUGAAGGAAUUGAUUUUAAAAGGACAUUGGAAAUGGAAUUGACAAGCAGGAAUUAGCCCCACCCCUGUGGGUUAUUGUGAUUGUAGGCAGUGAAGAAAUGGAAGAUGCAUUUUAGUGUAUUCUUCCACUGUGGGAAAUCAGUUCAGGAUAAUACUUCCAUUUGUAAGUUUGCCAGCCGUUUCACUUCCAAUGUCUUUAUUUUUGUAUCCAGUUCUAGUUAAUAAUUGUAUGUUAAGUAUUCCAUAUAGGUUUGGAAGACAAUUGAGUGAAUAAUGAAAACAGUCAUUUAGCAGAAGCUGCUAGAAGUGUCCCCAGCCUGAAAACCUAUUUAGGUGGUGCCAGAUAUUGUAUCGGAUCCAUGCAUUUAUUGGCAAAACGUAUAUAAAUAAUAAUCCUUACAAACGGCCCUUGUUUGUGAAGAAAGUGCUUACCUGGAACUUCAGUCUCUGCAGACAUGUGUCUGCUGUAUCUCAUAUUUGAAUUUGAUCCAAAUACGGGAUUAAGACAGUAAAGUGAGUUAACAAUAAUAUCCAUUUGAUUCGAUCGCAACCACUAAACAGUAGCUGCUAUAGUUACAAGUACAGUGUUCAUUUUCCGAGACUGAACAUUUUCUUUGAGCCGAUUAUUAAUAAUUGAUCAGGGUGAUGUAAUCUUUGUAUAUAUUUACACCCACAAUGUGACUAAGCCAUAAAUGAUUGCUGUCCGUCGCUCGUAACGCUUUGUCAAGUACCGAGCCUGGGAUUCGAAGAGUUUUAGAGUGCAAUCGGACGUGCAGUAACUAUUUAUUGUGUUUGUUUUAUACAGGCUGAGAAGUUCAGGACUUACUAAAGUUUAAUUGGCCUGGUUUGUAUGCUGCCUUAACUUUUAAUAACCCAUGUACCUAAGCUGUGACAUAGUGUGUUGGGGUUUUCAUGUUUAUUUCUGGUCAUACUUGUAUAUUUUUUUAUGUUUUGUAACUUGACAAAAUAAUGUAAGUUUAGAAUAUAAGGUGAUAUAACAGUAGGUCCAUAACGAUCCAUGUGCUCAAUAUUGUACAAAUGUGUGUGAAAUAUCUGAUGACCUUUGCUUUGCUCUGCUCCACACAUUUACCACUGAAGAUCAGUUGUAGACGCAGUCCAGUCUUUGUGUUUGUUUUCCAUGUAAAAAAAAAAAAAAUUAGAAAAGAAUCAUUUCAUUGGUUUGUAAGUAAACAACGGGCCCUUUUGAAAAAGGAUCUUGCCCAACAAGUUCAUGUGAGAAGUUGGCCGCCACAACGCACAGCAAAGUAACUUUUUUGGUUUUGUUGUAAAUCUGAAGCGUGUUUGCUUUGGUAAAUGUUGUGCUCUUGAGAAUGUUAAAGCGAUUCAGAACCUCUGAUUGGACGGAUGGAUGUGGAACUGUUCUGAAUGUGCCGAGGACUGCUUCUGGGAGCCUGCCCAAAGCUUCUAUAUAUCAGCUCCAAUUGUCUCCAAGCAAGCCGUAGAAAAAUGGACUGGGGUCUGUUCCAAUUCCUUUUUAAAAUCAAUUCCAAUCCUCAUUCUCUUUUAAUCAGUUCCAAGACAUCAUUGAUCAAAAUUGCAAUUAGCAGCGUUCUGUUAAAGUGAGCUUCUCACAGUGGCAACAAAUUACUUCCAGUACAUUGAAGUCCCUGUUAUUCAGUGAAAUUGGCUUUAAAUGAAAGCAGAUGACCAAUCGCAGCACUUUGGUCUGGAAUUGGAAUUGGGAAAUGGAUUUUUCGAAUGGAAUUGGAAUUUAAAAACAGGAAUGGAGCCCAGCCCUGCUUGGUGGCGAUUUUAAAUGGCGUGCUUGGGGUCUCACUGUCAUUGGCCUCCAGGACAGUCCUCAGCAAAUUCAAAAUCUUCUCUGGCUGUUAAAAACCACAGGACAGAAUGACUUUAUUAUAAAUAUCAACAAUGCACAAUGCUCAGUUGCUUUAAACUGCUGAAAUGCCCUGCUGAAUGGUUGUGUGAAUGUGGACAGUGAAAACUGACUGGUUUUAAUUUUGUUUUCAGUGAAAUCUACAGUUCUGUGACUCUCAAGAUGGGGUGUACAGUGCUGUAAAAUAAACCUCUGAUUGUGAAAUAAAAGAAUAAUGUUUUCACCAA